UUGAAGUAUUGAUAACACCAAGGAAAUCUAUCACAAUUUGAAAAGAUAAGCAAAAGUGAUUUCCGGACACUACAGAAAGAGAAGCAAAAAUGGCCUUGUAUCAUCACUUCAUCACGAGGAGAAGAAGGCGUCCCAUGCGAAUUUUUGUGAAUGACGAUCGCCAUGUAAUGGCAAAGCAUUCUUCGGUUUAUCCGACACAAGAGGAGCUGGAGGCAGUGCAGAACAUGGUGUCCCAUACUGAGCGGGCGCUCAAAGCGGUGUCUGACUGGAUCGAUGAGCAGGAGAAGGGCAGCGGCGAGCCCGCCGAGUCUGACAACAUGGACACAGCUCCGGACGAUGAGAACAAAGAAGGGGCUGGGGAACAGAAAGCAGAACACAUGACCAGGACCCUCCGGGGUGUGAUGCGGGUUGGUCUGGUGGCCAAGGGCCUUCUGCUAAAGGGAGACUUGGAUCUGGAGCUGGUACUGCUCUGUAAGGAGAAGCCUACAACUGCCCUCCUGGACAAGGUAGCAGACAACCUGGCCAUCCAGCUCGCUACUGUAACAGAAGACAAGUAUGAAAUUCUCCAAUCUGUGGAUGAUGCUGCCAUUGUGAUAAAAAACACAAAAGAACCUCCAUUGUCCCUGACCAUCCACCUGACAUCCCCGGUUGUCAGAGAAGAAAUGGAAAAAGUAUUAGCUGGAGAAACGCUAUCAGUCAACGAUCCCCCGGAUGUUCUGGACAGGCAGAAAUGCCUUGCUGCCUUGGCGUCCCUCCGACACGCCAAGUGGUUCCAGGCCAGAGCCAACGGGCUGAAGUCCUGUGUCAUUGUCAUCCGGGUCCUGAGGGACCUGUGUACCCGUGUACCCACCUGGGGACCCCUUAGAGGAUGGCCCCUGGAGUUGCUGUGUGAGAAAUCCAUCGGCACGGCCAACAGGCCCAUGGGUGCUGGCGAGGCCCUGCGGAGAGUGCUGGAGUGCCUGGCUUCGGGCAUCGUGAUGCCAGAUGGUUCUGGCAUUUAUGACCCUUGUGAAAAAGAAGCCACUGAUGCUAUUGGGCAUCUAGACAGACAGCAACGGGAAGAUAUCACACAGAGUGCGCAGCAUGCUCUGCGGCUCGCUGCGUUCGGCCAGCUCCAUAAAGUGCUGGGCAUGGACCCCCUGCCCUCCAAGAUGCCCAAGAAACCAAAGAACGAGAACCCAGUGGAUUACACCGUUCAAAUCCCGCCCAGCACCACGUACGCCAUUACACCGAUGAAGCGCCCCAUGGAGGAAGACGGGGACGAGAAGUCCCCAAGCAAGAAGAAGAAGAAGAUCCAGAAGAAAGAGGAGAAGACCGAGCCUCCCCAAGCCAUGAACGCCCUGAUGAGGCUGAACCAGCUGAAGCCGGGGCUGCAGUACAAGCUGAUCUCCCAGACGGGGCCCGUGCAUGCCCCCAUCUUCACCAUGUCUGUGGAGGUGGACGGCAGUUUGUUUGAGGCCUCAGGGCCAUCUAAAAAGACUGCCAAGCUGCACGUGGCCGUGAAGGUGCUACAGGACAUGGGCUUGCCAACAGGUGCUGAAGGCAGAGACUCCAGCAAGGGGGAAGACUCUGCCGAGGAGACCGAGGCAAAGCCCGCCGUGGUGGCGCCGCCCCCUGUGAUGGAAACAUCCUCGAACCCCAACGCUGCCUUCCCCGCCGACGCCACUGCCGAGAACGUAAAACAGCAGGGGCCGAUCUUGACGAAGCACGGCAAGAACCCCGUCAUGGAGCUCAAUGAGAAGCGCCGCGGCCUGAAGUAUGAACUCAUCUCCGAGACAGGCGGCAGCCACGACAAGCGUUUCGUCAUGGAGGUUGAGGUGGACGGCCAGAAGUUCCAAGGUGCUGGCUCGAACAAGAAGGUGGCAAAGGCUUACGCUGCUCUGGCCGCGCUCGAAAAGCUUUUCCCCGAUGCCCCCCUCUCCCUGGAUGCCAACAAAAAGAAGAGAACCCCCGUUCCCGUCAGAGGUGGACCCAAGUUUGCCACCAAGCCCCACAGCCCUGGCUUUGGCAUGGGGGGACCCAUGCACAACGAAGUACCCCCACCCCCCAAUCUCCGAGGCCGGGGUAGAGGAGGUAACCUCCGCGGGCGAGGCCGGGGACGAGGAUUCGGCGGUGCCAACCACGGAGGCUACAUGAACGCGGGGGCCGGCUACGGCAGCUACGGCUACGGCGGCAACUCGGCGACAGCAGGCUACAGUCAAUUCUACAGCAACGGAGGGCAUUCUGGGAAUGCCGGUGGUGGUGGCGGCGGCGGGGGCGGUGGUGGCUCCUCUGGCUACGGCUCCUACUACCAAGGGGACAGCUACAGCUCUCCGGUGCCCCCUAAGCAUGCUGGGAAGAAGCCGCCGCACGGGGGCCAGCAGAAGCCCUCCUACGGCUCCGGCUACCAGGCCCACCAGGGCCAGCAGCCGUCCUACAACCAGAGCCAGUACGGCAGCUAUGGCCCACCGCAGGGCAAGCAGAAAGGCUACAACCACGGUCAGGGCAGCUAUUCCUCCUACUCCAACUCAUACAGCUCCCCCGGGGGCGGUGCCGACUACAGCUACGACAGCAAAUUCAACUACAGUGGUAGUGGAGGCCGAAGUGGCGGGAACAGCUAUGGCUCAGGCGGGUCCUCCUACAACCCUGGGUCACACGGGGGCUACGGCGGAGGUUCUGGGGGCGGCUCUUCAUACCAAGGCAAACAAGGAGGCUACUCGUCCCAGUCAAACUACAACUCCCCGGGGUCUGGACAGAGCUACAGUGGCCCUCCCGGCUCCUACCAGUCCUCACAGGGGGGCUACGGCCGGAACACAGACCACAGCAUGAACUACCAGUACAGAUAAAGCCCGCGGGUUGCCUCCUGUACCUUCUGCACUUACGCCCUCAGCCCAUCCGAAGAUUCAGUUUUAUGCAUCACAGUUAACAUGUCCGCCGGCCCUGCAGGCAUCCCCCACCCGUCCACGUUGCUGUGUCGUGAGGUGCAGCGGCCCCUGGGCCCGUGCUGUGACCCGCAUUUAGCCGUGUUUGGGACUCCGUGUCUUCAGUGGUUUGUUAGUUGCCGUUACAAGUCUCGUCCGGUAGAGUUUUGCGUUCUUGCCGUUCAGUAUCCCUCUGUCUAUUUACACUUGGUGUUAGCAUUGCCUUGGUUUGUCUUUCAAUAGUGACGGAAGGGAUGCAUCAUCUGUUAAUGCUUUUGUGAAGUGAGUUCAAUGAGCUUUCUGUAUUUUAAUGCUUUAGUGUUUCAGUUUUAUAAGUGAAGAUUUUAUUUUAAAAACCAGUGGGAAAGAGUGGGAUUUUUUUGGGGGGGUAUGUCUGGAUCAUUCAGGCAGUACAUCCAAACUCAGAAGAAUGUAGACAAAUAAAGAAAAAGAAAAUGGCACUGUCUCAGGCCUGGGUGUUUGACCCUCCAGUCAGUCGGGUGAUGGGCAGCUUGCUCCGCUCUGUUCCCGCCCUGGAAUGCAGGGUGGGGACAGCAGGACGGUCCCUGGUCACCAGAGAGGGUCCAACUCCAGGCCUCCAGACAUCUCUAUUCCAAGCUUGGCAAGAGCCAGCUUCCUGCCCACCUGGGGGUCUUUUUACCCCCGUGUCCCAUGGGCUCCACAGCUCCACUCCUGGUAGCGUGCGGAGCCCCUGGAAGGCUGGAGCCUCAGGCACGUGUUAGUUUCUGCUCCAUGAAUCCUGCCAGCCAGCUGUGCUGGUAGGGAGGGGCUGGUGUGUGCUGCCCCAGAGAAGCUUCCAGUGAGAGCUGGGGCUCCCUACAAGUGGCAGAGACUUGAGUCUAGCGGUCUGGGGGAAGAUUUGUCUCCUGUCAAUUCUUCAGUGUGUGGGGGAGCUGGUCACAAGUCGAGAGAGCUCCAGGCUGCUUGUGAAGCGGCACCAAGGGUCUCUGCUGCUGGACAUCUGUCCAGCACCUCCACAAGAGCCUUCGUCCACCUGUAGCCGCCUCUCCUCCCUGGCAACACCUGGCAGGUGUUGGCCUGAGCCUCUAGGUUGCCCUUUGGUCUCCUAUGUGCAAGAAGCAACAAGAUCCCAUCUGUGUUGAGACCCCUCCGUUGCUGAAGCAAAUGAGAGCUGCGUGGAAGGGGGUAAACGUGAGCCUUCCUGGAUCCACAAAAGACAAGUCUCUGCGCUUCACGCCGGUGUAGAGGAAGCCCCAGGGAUGAGUGACUCAGCCCCGGGAGAGUUGGAAAGAGAAUGUGGCUGCGUGAAACCAGGCCGAGCAGCAGCCCACGUGGGAGUUCCAGUGUGUGCGAGCCAGCAUUCCACACAAGUGAUGUGUAGUGGACGAGUGGAGUCCCUGCUGCCAUGGUCAGGGG